AUGCUGUUCGCACUGCUCUUUGUUGGAAUAACCGGUUAGUUUCAUAUAAAGUUCGGCGAUUCAUUCGAUAAACCUGUCAAGCUUUGAAAGAAGAUGGAAAUUUUCUUUGGAUUUUCUUCCAGAUGAAAACUUUCUUCGGAGGAAAUUUUUAUGGCAGAUCUUCUUCUUUUAAGAACGGUAAUUUUAUAGUAAUCAAAUAGAAAGAAAAUCACGGGAACAGUUUUUUUGUUAUUUGUUUAGCUGUAGAAAAAUUGUAUUUCUUAAAGUCAACUGGAAAGUAAUGAUUGAGAAACUGUUCGUUUUUUUGUGUUUUUUUCUGUAAGUUUUUCCGGGAAAUAUUUCAUGAGAAUUGUAAUUUUAGGCAUUUCAUAACCUGUAGAGAUGUUAUUCCAUUUUUUUCAAAAUGAAUAAGGAUAUCACAUUUUGCCAUUUUUUUAUACUUUUGAAAAUUUUCAUUUGAAAUUCAAAAAAAGUAAUGUGCUACAGAAACUAGAAAGAUCUUUGUUUUUAAGCAAGUUUCGCUCAAAAUGCUUGUCCAACCGUAACGGGAAGUUCUUGUAGUCCUGAUUUGCUCAGCUGUUGCGGAAUGAAACUCAAGAAUGACUUGGGCUUGAGCAACUGUCCUGGUAAUGGCCGAUGUAAAAAUUCUCUCUAUUGCAAUCCGUUUAGGCCAACUUGCUUAUGAGCCUGACUGUCACCGUCAAGAAAUUGAAGACAUGUAUGCAAACGGAACGGCUGGACUUUUCAAAGUGUGCAAGUAAAAAGGGAAAACAAAACUAUACGCAAAAGCUUUUUUUAUUUUCAGUGCUUUUAAUAACUUCUACACUUGCCUGGGCUCUGCUCGACAAGAUUGCACAAACGUUGGAUAUCAUAUGAAACUAGGAAUGUCUCUAGGGUAUGUGUCAUUUUUUGAUAGAAAAAAGAUAGAACAAAGUCAAAUCUUCGGUUACAAAAAUAAUUAUUUUUUUAGAUUCUUUGAAAAAUAAAUUUUUUUGUCUUUUUCCAAGGUUUGGUUGGAAUUUUUUUAUUUCUUUCUUGUUUUGAGAAAAAAAGGAAAAAAAGCCUUAGAAAUUAUUAGAAAUAGGUAGAAAAAUUUAUAAAUUUGACAGAGACUCGGUUAACGCGGCCUCUAUGUACAGACAGUUUGGAUUUGCUUGCGGUGCCGGCCUCGACGGUGACAGAAAGGGAUAUUGAAAAACUUUUUUUUCAAUUUUAGCGUUUGCUAACAACGACGCCUGCAUGUCGGCGGUAUUUUCCACUCAGAAAACGGCUCUGAACAAGUGCAGAGACCAGUUUCAGAGAAAUCUUGUUUACAAUUACCGGGAGCACUGUAGGUUGGUAUAUUCUGACAAUGCGAUUUAAAAAAACUGUUUUUAUAAAACCUUUAUUUGCGGAUCUCACCUACAGUUUUUUUUUCAAAUUUUUUCAAGGAAGAUUUUUGAGCAAGCUUAAAAUGAACUGAUUUAAGAUUCAAAGAAAUAUCUACAAAGACUUUUUUAGCCACUUCUCCCAAUACAUUGGAUGCUACCAACUGACGUUCAAAAAUCAAAACUGUGGUGAUGAAGCGUCUUGGUGGGGCUGUGAGUACGCAAGACAGGGCAGUCGGGUCAUAAUGCACGACUGCAGCAGUCAAUGCUUCGGUUCCAACUUUUGCACGUAGUUUUCAUUAUUUAGAAUGAUUACAGUAGCACCAAACUGA